CACUUGAUUUAUUCCCACAUAGAGUCAAUCGAUCAACUGACGUUGCACGCUUAACACGUUUUUUUUUUAGGGACAAGCUUGAACCACGCCCAAUGCGGAUUUUUGUGUUGAUCUCAAGUGUCCGUCUUCUAUUCUCAAUGGCCAAUUUCAGUUGGGUGUUGCUGUUGGGUUUAUGGAGUUCCAGUUACGCACAGCAGUCCAGAUGUUUCGAUGACCAGGAUAUAUCCAUUUACUAUCCUUGUCUCUGCGAUGGAACUGGAGAAGGAAAUUUGAACAUCACCUGCUUAGGAGUGAGCAACCGGAAAAUUAAAGACAUUUUCCGGGAUUCGGAAGCACCUGAAAUCAACCGGUUCGCUUUGGUGCCGUUUGCCGGGUCAUUCAAUCAACUUGACAUCGAUGAAGACCUCUUGUCCGGCAAACGCGCAAGAACAAUCCAAAUUGGAAGCUGUCCGGACGAUGCCUCCAGACCACUGCAAAUCCACCCGGAUGCAUUCCGUUCGUCUAGCGACUACGCCCAGAAAUUCAUCAUUAUCGAUUGUGAAAUCAACAGAGUGAACUGGAGUUUUCUCAGUGACUUUCGUGAGCUAAAAGAAAUCCAGUUGGGCAGUGUGGACGGCAUCAAGUCCAUCAAUUCUCUACCCACUUUGAAUAAUAUUAAGCAAUUGUCUUUUACCGAUUCUACGGGUUUUUCCGAUCCUUUGCUCGACUUUCCUGCCAAAUCUUUGGUGUCGUUAGCGACGCUCGUCCUGGAUGGAAACAGUGACCUCAAUAAUGAAGUUACUGGUACUAUCAUGUCAACAAUAGCCUCCAACGCCGUCCAACUGGAAAGUUUCACGCUUAUUAAUUCACCAUUGAUAACUCAAGUACCUGAGAAUAUCGGCGAUGUUUUGACGUUGAAGUCGGUCAAUUUAUCGUCCAAUUCCAUCGGAUCCGUUGGCUCGGAUGCCUUUUUCUUUUCGAGCGAUCUCUCCGUUCGUUUAAUCGACCUGUCAAACAAUUUAAUCGCGACUGUUUCACCUGAUGCCUUCAGUCAAGGAGACUACGGUGAAGCCACCAUUCAACUUGACAACAACCUACUUACCAAAUUUGAAUCGAACGCUUUCCUGGAGGUUCUUGAUGAAAUGAACCGCUCUGGUGGUUCCGGAAUAGUUUCCAUCGCCAACAACGGAAUCAUUUGUAUCGGGUGUGAUUUGGCCUGGCUCAUCCGUGACAACCCCAAUUUGUUGCAGUGGGUGUCUGGUGGCGCUUGUGUAGAUGGAACUGCAUUCGAAGAUGUUGAUCCUGGCAACUUCGAUUCCUCUUGUGCUGUUAUCACUCCUACUCCGGAAACUACUUCCACCACAGAAAUUCCAACGACUGUACCGACCACAACCGUAACAUCAACAACGGUAACAACGACAACACCAACGACAACACCAACGACAACACCAACUACAACACCGACGACAACACCGACGACAACACCGACGACAACACCAACGACAACACCAACGACAACACCAACUACAACGCCAACUACAACACCGACGACAACACCAACAACAACACCAACGACAACACCAACGACAACCCCAACGACAACACCAACGACAACCCCAACGACAACACCAACGACAACACCAACGACAACACCAACUACAACACCAACGACAACACCAACGACUGUUACCUCAACGACGGAAGCUUCAACCACGAAAGACCCACUCGACGAAGUUACGACGACUCAAAGCACUUCGACAACUACGGUCCAGCCUAAUAACAAAGACGAUUUACUGCUUUUGUUGUUGUACAUCAUUGUGGGUUUAGUCGGUGUCAGCCUUCUGAUCCUGAUGUUCAGCUGCAUUUACAUGAUUAUCUCGAGGAAGAAGCGCAAGAACAACCGGAAAUCUUCCAUACCCGAGGUUCUUGACAACUCGACUAAUGUACGCGGAGCACCUGUUCUCCCCGCCAGCAAACCGACCUCAGGAUUGCCCCUGACCAGCCCCAUUGUUGUUCAGGGACCAGGAGGCAAGUGGUAUAAAUCAAGUGCUGGUGCGAACAAAACCGCUGGAGCAGCCAACAAUCCAGUUAAAAGCAAAUAACAAGAUCAGGUGAAACCUACCCACAUGCAUCAGGACAACCAUUAGACAUGUCUUGAGUUUUACCUAAUUUUAAUCAAUGGUACGUUAGCCUUCCAACAAUAUGUUAGACUAUUGCAGUUUCUAAAACAAAUUAUCGAAAAGAUAAUUCAUGGAAAUAGGACAAGGCUCUUGAUCUUUGUGUGAAUAAUAAGCGACUGGAAACCAAUGUGACUCGUACGAACCAACUGAUAACGCACACAUUUUUUGUUUUUCUGUUUGAUGUCAUUGUGUAUACAGACUGAAAUAAUCAGUUGGUUAACGUCUUGACACAAUGGAAUUCAGUCCUCUUUCUAAUCAACAUCUUUUAUCUUUUUCGAUCUUUGUUUACUAUGUUCACAGUUUUGCUUAAUACUUGACAGUUCCUUCCAAUCAUUGGCAAUGGAAGAAAAAUGGCGUUUUUGAAAAUAAAAAAAAAUCACUUUGAA